AUUGCCAAGGUGUAACAUGUGAGGUCAAUAGACAAGUAUGCAGUAGCCCAGCUCAUAAAUAAUCGAAGACAGGUCGUAGCGACUCGUCGAAGGCUCGUGAGACAUCACCGUGAAAAAAUGCGUAAGUAGGUAUGCAAGAUGGUGAUAGAAGAAAUGUCAACGUGUGACAAGGACGAAGGCGUGAAGAGGAACAUGCGGCGCGUAAAGGAGACGGAACGUGAAGGUGUGAAGAGUCGUGAACGCGUAAAUCAGGGUCAUGGAGGGAUCAGCCUAGGAUCGACAGCAGGGCAUAGAUAGAGACGACAGCAGAGCGACGAUAGACAGUGGGACGGACAAUAGGAGAGCGGGAUGCAGAUUUUGGGAGAGGAUAAAUUUGCGAGGGAGGAGAUGCAGAUAUGAUGGUAUAAACAGAUAGAUCGUGAAGAAAUAUGGGGGGAAGACGAAGAGGACGGGCGAUAGAUAAGAUCCGAAGCAAAGGAGUGGAACGCGCCAGAACGGCUGAGUAGACAUGUGAUGGGCUUUGUCCGCAUCGAAAAGACCAAGAAAAAGUAG